UUCAAAUUCUAAAGUUUCACCUUUCUUCUGUGCUAAAUACACAUUAAGCGAGUGGCCACUUCAGCUACCCACAAAUCAGAACAACCUCCUUGAUGACCACCAGUCUGGUUUCAAGAGUGGCCACUCAACUGAGACUGCCUUGCUCUCAGUCACUGAAGCCCUGAGACUGGCACGAGCGACUUCAAAAUCAUCAGUACUCAUCUUGCUGGAUCUGUCUGCUGCUUUUGACACCGUUAACCACCAGAUCCUCCUGUCAACACUAAAGUCGAAGGGCAUCUCGGGAACUGCACUCCAGUGGUUCAAGUCUUACCUCUCAGGUAGGUCCUUCAGGGUAUCUUGGAGAGGUGAAGUGUACAAGUCACAUCAUCUUGCUACUGGGGUACCUCAGGGCUCAGUGCUUGGACCACUUCUCUUCUCCAUCUACAUGUCAUCACUAGGAUCUGUCAUUCAGGAUCAUGGUUUCUCCUAUCACUGUUAUGCUGAUGACACACAACUCUACCUCUCAUUCCACCCAGAUGAUCCAACGGUUGCUGGUCGUAUUGCAGGUUGCCUGACAGCCAUUUCUGCCUGGAUGAAGGACCACCACCUUCAACUCAACCUUGCAAAAACGGAACUGCUGGUGGUCGGUGCCAACCCAACACUUCGUCAUAACCUUUCAAUUCAACUUGGGUCGUCAACCAUUACUCCCUCCAGGACAGCCAGGAACCUUGGAGUGGUGAUGGAUGAUUGUUUAAGCUUCACAGAUCAUGUAGCUACAACGGCCCGGUCCUGCAGAUUUGCCUUGUACAACAUCAGGAAGAUUAGACCCUUCCUAUCGGAGCAUUCCACACAAAUUCUUGUCCAAGCUCUUGUUCUAUCCAGACUGGACUAUUGUAAUGCUCUUUUGGCUGGACUUCCAGCAUGCACUGUCAAGCCUCUUCAACUGAUCCAGAAUGCUGCAGCAAGACUGGUCUUCAACGAGCCGAAGAGAGCGCACGUCACUCCUCUCUUCAUCAGUCUGCAUUGGCUGCCAGUAGCUGCUCGCAUCCAAUUCAAGGCUCUGAUGUUUGCCUACAGAACGACCGCUGGCUCUGCACCGCCAUACCUUAACUCGCUACUUCAGACUUAUGCGCCCUCCAGAAACUUGCGUUCUGCGAGUGAACGGCGGCUUGUGGUGCCAUCACAAAGGGGCACAAAAUCACUCUCACGAACCUUCUCCGGGUCUAUUCCUGGCUGGUGGAAUGACCUGCCUCACUCUAUCCGAGCAGCUGAAUCUUUAGCCACUUUCAAAAAAAUGCUAAAGACGUAUCUUUUUCGUCAGCACUUGACCCAGUAAUAGUAGCACUUACCUUGAUUUCUAUCUUCAUUCCAUCUAUUUGUGUAUUAAAAAAAAAAAAAAAAAAAAAAAAAAUCCUUACUACGAGCGCUUUACUGUCAUAACUGUGACUUCACACAGCACUUACAUACUGUUGUUCUCAUGUUGAUUUGAUUGAUUCUACUGUUCUCAUUUGUAAGUCGCUUUGGAUAAAAGCGUCUGCUAAAUGACUAAAUGUAAAUUAUGACCAUCCAUUAGGCUGCUUGUGGUGGUGACUUGUUUUCCAGAUAUAUUUUUUUUUGUCCCCUCCAUUUCAUAGGUUUACAGCUUGCUGUUUUCUGGUUUGCAGUUCAUUUCAUCGAGACAGAUGGAGAGCAACUUCAUGGUGUUUGGUUUGCCAUUCUGAGCAUAAUUAAAAACAGAUAAAAAAUAAUAAUUUCUUAGUGAAAUGUGAGAACAUCUCAAAUUAGAAGAAAGAACAGUUUAAUUCAGUUAUACAAAUAUUACAGUGACAUAGAUGUAGUUAAAACGCAUGUCAUACUCAUCUAAAAAGUUAAAAGUGGCCAAACACCUCAAAAGUAACUUUUUUGUCAGUAAUUAAUGUAAUAUAUUUUUGUUUGAUAAUAUUUUUUAUGUAAUAUUUUGAGGGAAUUUUGUGGUACUUAGUAAUAAUUAUACCAUAAUUAUGAUCCAUUUGUUUCCACAUUUUUUACAAUUCAAUACAAUUGAUUUAAAGGGAUAAACAUCAAAUUUUCAUUUUUGGGUGAACUAUUCCUUUAAAGGGUUAGUUCACCCA